AUGAGAAAACACACUAUUUCUCCUUACAGACGCCUCCACCUCAAUAAGAAAGCCACAGACAAACAGCCGUACAGCAAGCUUCCUGGUGUUUCACUUUUAAAGCCACUAAAAGGUGUGGAUCCUAACCUGAUCAACAACUUAGAAACCUUCUUUGAACUGGAUUACCCAAAAUAUGAAGUACUACUCUGUGUACAAGAUCAUGAUGAUCCAGCUAUUGAUGUGUGCAAAAAGCUCCUUGGCAAAUACCCGAAUGUUGAUGCUAGACUGUUCAUAGGUGGCAAGAAGGUUGGCAUCAACCCCAAAAUUAACAAUCUAAUGCCUGGCUAUGAAGUUGCCAAAUAUGAUCUCAUAUGGAUUUGUGACAGUGGAAUCAGAGUAACACCAGACACACUGACGGAUAUGGCCAAUCAAAUGACUGAAAAAGUAGGCUUGGUCCAUGGGCUUCCUUAUGUUGCAGACAGACAGGGUUUUGCUGCUACCCUUGAACAGGUUUAUUUUGGAACUUCCCAUCCAAGGUCAUAUAUUUCAGCCAAUUUAACGGGCUUUAAGUGUGUAACAGGAAUGUCCUGCUUGAUGAGGAAGGAUGUCUUGGACCAAGCUGGAGGACUGAUAGCUUUUGCACAGUAUAUUGCUGAAGAUUACUUUAUGGCCAAAGCUAUAGCUGACCGGGGCUGGAAACUUGCAAUGGCCACACAGGUUGCAAUGCAAAACUCUGGUUCAUAUUCUAUUUCUCAGUUUCAGUCCAGAAUGAUCAGGUGGGCCAAACUGCGAAUUAAUAUGUUACCUGCCACAAUAAUUUGUGAGCCAAUCUCAGAGUGCUUUGUUGCCAGUCUAGUUAUUGGAUGGGCAGCUCACCACGUGUUUAGAUGGGAUAUAAUGGUAUUUUUCAUGUGUCACUGCUUGGCGUGGUUUAUAUUUGACUACAUUCAACUCAAAGGUGUUCAGGGUGGUGCUCUGUGUUUUUCAAAACUUGAUUAUGCAGUAGCUUGGUUCAUCAGAGAAUCCAUGACAAUUUAUAUCUUCCUAUCUGCUUUGUGGGACCCCACUAUUAGCUGGAGGACAGGACGCUACAGAUUACGUUGUGGAGGCACUGCAGAAGAAAUUCUAGAUGUAUAGCCACAGCUUUGUAACUGUGAAUGUCAAAAAGAGAAGGGGGGGAGAAAAGUAUUAUAAAUUGUUUAUAUAAAUACUUUUAAGAAAAUCUACCUUCAGUAGUUUUACUACUUGUAUGUUUUAGUAUCUGUUCUUUUAAUUUAUUUUUGCAUGGCACUUGCAUCUGUGUAAAUACAUCUGUAGUCUUGGCCAAAUGGUACCUUGUUCCUAUGUACAACUAGAAAUGGAGAGAAUUGCUCCUGACAUACUUUCUUACAGGAAUGCUCUGCAGUAAACUUCAUUAAAAAAGAAAGAAGUAUCCUGAAUAGGAACAGCUUCUUACUCCAUGGUGUGCUAGCCUAGCAAAUCCAGGAUUCACAUAAGCUGUUUUCCAGAUGGAUUGUACAAGGCUGUACCUAGCAAAAUCUCAGAAGUACAGCUGAUUUGUUUUAUUCCACUAAAUUGAGCUAGUAACAGGACCAUGGGAAAGAAGCUCUUAAAUGCUUUAUGCCUACCUCUUGCAGUUGCUGCAGAACAAAAUGAAUGGAAAAGGUAAAAACGCUUUGCAAAAACAAA